UCGUAUCAUUUUGAUUGAAAUAAUCCGGCCGGCGAUCUAUUGCGGCAGGUGGCGGCAUGUUCUAUCAAUCUUCUCUUUUGCUUGUUGUCUCGUGGUUUCUCUUCUUCGUGUUCUGCCUCCGGUGGACACGAUCCAAGAAAUCACCGGUCGACUAUCCCCCUGCGGUGCCGGGUCUCCCUGUCUUUGGGAACCUCCACCAGCUUGGUUCCCUCCCGCACCGCUCUCUGCGAGCGCUCGCAGAGAAGCAUGGCCCCGUCAUGGUGGUCCGCUUGGGCCGCCUCCCCACCGUUGUCGUCUCCUCGCCUGCCGCCGCCCAAGAGGUCUUGAAGACCCGCGACCUCGCCUUCGCGAGCCGCCCGGACUCGAGCAUCACCGACCGACUCUUCUACCGUUCGCAGGAGCUGGCCUUCGGCAAGUACGGCGAGGCGUGGCGCCAAAUGCGGCGAAUCGGCGUCCUCCACCUCCUCAGUCAGAAGCAGGUGCACUCCUUCCGCAAGGUCCGGGAGGAGGAGGCCGCUGCCCUCGUCGCCAGGAUCCGGGCCGCCGCCGGCCCGGUGAACUUGAGCGACAUGAUGAUCGACUUCACGAGCGACCUCAUCUGCAGGGUGGCGCUCGGCCGGACGUACGCCGACGCCAAGGGCGGCGGCAGCCAGCUCAGGGCGCUCUUCGGGGAGUUCUCGGAGAUCAUGGGCCUGUUCCCGGUGCGCGAUUGCAUCCCCUGGCUUGGCUGGAUCGAUUGGCUGAGUGGCCUGGACGGCAGGGCCAGGAAGAUCGGGCUGGAGCUCGACGCUCUGCUCGAGAAAGUCAUAGCUGAGCAUCGCCACCGGAGGAAGCUCGCGGCCAAAAUUGACGCCAACGACAUGGAUCUGGUCGACGUCUUGCUCUCUUUGGGCGAUCGCGACGACGACGCUUCUUCCUCCAACAUUUCGCUCACCAUGGACAACAUCAAAGGUCUCAUUUUGGACAUGAUCAUCGCAGGAACUGAUACGACGAAAGCAACUCUAGAAUGGGCAAUGGUGGAGCUAAUCCGGCGCCCCGAAGAAAUGGCUAAAGUGCAAGAGGAGAUCCGGCGAGUCGCUGGACCCAGAGGAGAAGAAAUAAGAGAAGAGGCCUUAAAGGGGAUGGAGCAAUUGAAGGCGGUGCUCAAAGAGACACUCCGUUUGCACCCGCCAGGUCCUUUGUUGCUCCCUCGAGAAUCCAUGGAGAGCACCGAGCUCCAGAACUACCGCAUCCCCAAGGGCACGAGGCUGUUCAUCAAUAUCUGGGCGAUUGCAAGAGAUCCUGCUUUGUGGGACAAGGCUGAGGAGUUCCUUCCGGAGAGGUUCCUAGGCGAUUCCGACGCCGGCGCCGCCACACUCGACUUCAGGUACCUGCCGUUCGGAGCAGGGCGGAGAAGCUGCCCGGGCGCCGGGUUCGCCAUGGCCUCCCUGGAGGUUGUCCUCGCGAACCUGCUGUACCAUUUCGACUGGGAGUUGCCCCACGGGAUGAGCGCGGAGGAGAUGGACAUGGACGAGGUCUUUGGGCUUGUCGUCCAAAAGAAAUCGAGCGUGAUUCUACAAGGCAGGCCCUUCGAAGCAUAGGCAUCGAAACCACGCUUCUAGCAAAUAAUAAGUCAACUGUCGGUUGGAAAUUAAAUUUGAUUUUGGAUGGAGACAGAGUUAAUUGGUAUAUGGAGGUGGCAAGUAAUGGAUAGAUGGGGAAAGGGUUUACAUUUAGGUUACGUUUUGGUUAAGUGUAAUGUAAUUAAGUUGGUAAUAUAAUUAAAUUUUAAAAUAAUAUAAUAUAAUCUUAAUUA